UCAUCUCCCCCCUCUUGGUUUUCCUCGCAUGGCUGCACCCAUUUUCUCCUCUUAAGCAACAGUGAGCGGUACGGUAUGCAAACCACACCCUUCAGUCCCCCUCCAACCUGCCUAGAGACCAUGGAAAUAACAGGACUGGUCGGGGAAGCCGUGUUUUCUAAUGACUGAUUGUGACUAGCUAAGCGGCUAACGCUGGAUUGUCAACAAAUGGGGGGGAUGGGUCUGUCCCACUUGCUGCAUUCUGUUCAUAUUAUUUACGCUUAUACACCCCCCAACUCCCCACCCCUUUUCUAGCUCUCUCGCUCGCACACCCGUACCUUAAAUGCUGUUUUCCAGAGAACAGAGAGGACAAGGAUGCGGCUGUGCUGCAGCGAGUCUAAUUAGACCUGUCGUGGGAGGAGUUGAGCAUCACUGCUUGUCUCUCGCCUCCUGUUUUCUCUCUCUUUAUCUCCCUGCGUUGUUUCAGAGCUGUGACAGCGGGCGUCGCUUGUCCAGCCUUGGGCUUGAAAGUCACCUUAGACUUGUUCCUUCAUUGCCAGCAUCAUUCCAUCCUCAAUUCCUGCUUGUUUGCUACUAUUGAGGGAAUAUGGCGCACGCUGCAGCGAGCAUCAAAAAAGCCCGGGUGGAGAUGGAGCAAGCUCCCGACCUGAAGAUGUUGGAGAAAGCCCGCGAGAAAAGGAGGCGCUCGCGAGAAAGAGCUGAGCGCAGGCGUAAGUCGGACAGCAACACCAGUUUCCUUCGAGCAGCAAGAGCUGGAAAUAUCGACAAGGUGCUGGAGUUUCUGAAGGGGGGUGUCGACAUCUGUACAUGCAACCAGAAUGGCCUCAACGCUCUGCACCUGGCAGCAAAGGAGGGACAUAUUGAGCUGGUCCAGGAGCUGCUGGAGAGGGGAUCUUCAGUUGAUUCUGCUACCAAGAAAGGAAACACGGCUCUGCACAUCGCUUCACUAGCAGGACAAGGAGAAGUUGUGAAGAUCCUGGUCAAGAGAGGAGCAGACAUUAAUUCACAGUCUCAGAAUGGAUUCACUCCCUUGUACAUGGCCUCUCAAGAAAACCAUUUAGACGUGGUGCGAUAUCUAUUGGAGAAUGGUGGAAACCAGAGCACAGCUACAGAGGAUGGCUUCACACCCCUAGCUAUUGCACUUCAACAAGGCCAUAAUCAGGUGGUGUCCAUCCUUCUGGAGAACGACACAAAGGGCAGAGUCCGCCUGCCUGCCCUACACAUUGCUGCCCGCAAGGACGACACCAAAUCUGCCGCCCUGCUGCUCCAAAACGACCACAAUGCAGAUGUACAGUCUAAGAUGAUGGUUAAUAGAACUACUGAGAGUGGAUUUACACCGCUGCAUAUUGCUGCUCACUAUGGUAACGUAAAUGUGGCGACACUGUUGCUCAACCGAGGGGCUGCUGUGGACUUCACUGCAAGGAAUGGGAUCACUCCACUUCAUGUUGCGUCUAAGCGGGGAAACACUAAUAUGGUGCAUCUGCUGUUGGACAGAGAAGCACAGAUCGAUGCCAAAACAAGAGACGGCCUCACACCUCUACACUGUGCAGCAAGGAGUGGGCACGACACAGCAGUAGAGCUUCUACUGGAGAGAGGAGCCCCCAUGCUGGCCAGAACCAAGAACGGUUUAUCUCCACUCCACAUGGCAGCGCAGGGUGACCAUGUGGAGUGUGUGAAGCACCUGCUGCAGCACAAGGCGCCUGUUGAUGAUGUCACACUGGACUACCUGACCGCCCUCCAUGUUGCCGCUCACUGUGGUCACUACAGAGUCACCAAACUUCUGCUGGACAAGAGAGCUAAUCCGAACGCUCGAGCCCUGAACGGAUUCACUCCCCUACACAUCGCCUGUAAGAAGAACAGAGUGAAAGUGAUGGAGCUGUUGGUCAAGUAUGGAGCCUUUAUUCAAGCUAUCACUGAGUCUGGUCUCACACCCAUCCAUGUAGCAGCUUUCAUGGGUCACCUCAACAUUGUUCUUCUACUACUGCAGAAUGGAGCUUCUCCUGAUGUCAGCAACAUUCGUGGAGAGACAGCUCUGCACAUGGCCGCUCGUGCUGGACAGGUGGAGGUUGUUCGCUGUCUGUUGAGGAAUGGAGCCAUGGUGGAUGCCAGAGCAAGAGAGGAUCAGACUCCGCUGCACAUUGCGUCUCGUCUGGGUAAAACAGAGAUCGUUCAGCUGCUGCUGCAGCACAUGGCUCACCCGGACGCUGCCACCACUAACGGCUACACGCCGCUUCAUAUUGCUGCACGCGAGGGACAUCUUGAUGUCACAACAGUGCUGCUGGAGGCCGGUGCCGCCCACUCAUUAGCUACCAAGAAAGGGUUCACACCUUUACAUGUGGCAUCAAAGUAUGGCAGCCUGGAUGUGGCCAAACUGCUUCUGCAGCGACGGGCCCCUCCGGACUCAGCAGGGAAGAACGGUCUCACUCCUCUACAUGUCGCUGCUCACUAUGAUAACCAGAAGGUGGCACUCCUGCUUUUGGACAAAGGGGCCUCUCCCCAUGCCACAGCCAAGAAUGGAUACACUCCUCUGCACAUUGCAGCCAAGAAGAAUCAGAUGGAAAUCGCCAGCACUCUCCUGCAGUAUGGAGCUGAGACCAACAUCCAGACUAAACAGGGUGUUACACCUCUUCAUCUGGCUGCACAGGAGGGUCACAGUGAGAUGGCCACCCAGCUUCUGCAGAAAGGAGCUCAUGUCAACGUGCCCACCAAGAGUGGACUUAUUCCCCUUCAUCUUGCUGCCCAAGAGGACAAAGUCAGUGUUGGCGAGAUCUUAGUCAAGCACGGUGCCAACUUGGACCAUCAGACAAAAUUGGGAUACACGCCUUUAAUCGUCGCCUGUCACUAUGGAAACGCUAAGAUUGUUAAUUUUCUGUUGAAGACCGGGGCAAGUGUUAAUGCUAAGACAAAGAAUGGUUAUACACCGCUACAUCAGGCUGCACAACAAGGCAACACGCACAUCAUCAAUGUUUUACUCCAGUUUGGAGCCAAACCCAAUGCCGUCACUGUGAAUGGAAACACGGCUCUGGCCAUCGCCCGUCGCCUUGGUUACAUUUCUGUGGUUGACACACUGAGGGUGGUCACAGAGGAAAUUAUCACUACUACAACGACGGUGACGGAGAAACACAAGUUAAAUGUUCCAGAAACCAUGACAGAAGUGCUUGAUGUGUCUGACGAAGAGGGUGAUGACACAAUGACAGGUGAUGGUGGCGAGUACUUGAGGGCCGAAGAUUUGAGAGAGUUAGGAGAUGAUUCUUUACCUGGUCAGUACCUGGAUGGCAUGAACUACCUGCGCUUCAGUUUAGAAGGAGGACAAUCUGACAGUUUGGACAGAUCUUACACACGCACUCACCAGAACUACUACCCAGCAAGGCAUUAUGGGGUGAUGGAAGAUAUGAUUUAUGGUAACCAGGUGUCUUCUCUAGCAAGAGAGAACGAGAAAGACUCGUACAGACUGAGCUGGGAAAAUGAAAACCUGGAUAAUAUAGCGCUCUCCUCAAGUCCUGCUCAUUCUGGCCGUUGUUCUCCGUGUCAUGACAACAGCAGUUUCUUGGUCAGCUUCAUGGUGGACGCCCGCGGAGGUGCAAUGCGAGGGUGCCGUCACAACGGACUUCGAAUCAUCAUUCCACCGAGGAAAUGCAGUGCUCCUACACGGGUUACCUGUAGACUGGUGAAAAGGCACCGGUUGGCAACUAUGCCCACCAUGGUGGAGGGAGAGGGUCUGGCUGGCAGGCUGAUCGAGGUGGGACCCUCUGGAGCGCAAUUCCUUGGUAAGCUCCACCUCCCUACUGCCCCGCCCCCUCUGAAUGAGGGCGAGAGUUUGGUUAGCCGCAUUCUUCAGCUGGGGCCACCAGGCACAAAAUUCCUGGGGCCGGUGAUCGUGGAGAUCCCUCACUUUGCAGCUCUGAGAGGGAAGGAGAGAGAGCUGGUGAUCUUACGCAGUGAGACGGGAGAGAGCUGGAAGGAGCAUCACUGCGAGUACACUGAAGAAGAGCUCAACCAGAUACUCAAUGGCAUAGAUGAGGGACUGGACCCACCGGAGGAGCUGGAGAGAAAGCGCAUCUGUCGCAUCAUCACUCGAGAUUUCCCACAGUACUUCGCAGUGGUGUCACGUAUCAAACAGGACAGUAAUCUGAUUGGUCCAGAAGGUGGAAUUCUGAGCAGUACGGUAGUCCCACAAGUCCAGGCUGUGUUCCCAGAGGGAGCGCUCACUAAACGCAUCCGUGUUGGCCUGCAGUCUCAGCCCAUGUGUGUGGAUGUGGUGAGGAAGAUCUUGGGUAAUAAAGCCACAUUCAGUCCUAUAGUCACUCUGGAGCCUCGAAGGAGGAAGUUUCAUAAACCCAUCACCAUGACGAUCCCUGUCCCGAUGAGCUCUGCUGACCAGAUCCACAGCGGGUUUGGAGGCGGCAAUACACCAACAUUACGCUUGUUAUGCAGCAUCACAGGUGGGACUACUCCUGCUCAAUGGGAGGAUAUCACUGGGACUACACCAUUAACUUUUACCAAUGAUUGUGUGUCCUUUACAACAAAUGUAUCUGCCAGAUUCUGGUUGGUAGACUGCAGGCAGGUGCAGGAGUCGGUUAACUUUGCCACUCAGGUGUAUCGAGAGAUCAUCUGUGUACCAUACAUGGCCAAAUUCGUCAUCUUUGCCAAGACGCACGACCCUAUUGAGGCUCGACUGCGCUGUUUCUGUAUGACUGAUGAUAAAAUGGACAAAACGUUGGAGCAACAAGAGAACUUUACAGAAGUGGCACGCAGUCGAGAUGUGGAGGUUCUAGAGGGAAAGCCUAUCUUUGUAGACUGUUUUGGAAACCUGGUCCCCCUGACAAAAAGUGGCCAGCAUCAUGUCUUCAGCUUCUACGCCUUUAAAGAAAACCGACUGGCUCUUUUUAUCAAAAUACGAGACAACACGCAAGAGCCUUGUGGACGAUUGUCCUUCACGAAAGAUCCAAGAUCUUAUAGGAGUUUGACUCAUGGUGCCAUAUGUAAUCUAAACAUCACACUACCAGCUUACUCGAAGGAAUCAGAUUCAGAUCAAGAACCUGAUGAGGAGACAAGCCGAACACUUGAGAAAUAUGAUGAAGACACUGAAACUUCAACUGAAACAUUCCUGAAAACACAGUUGAUUCAAGACUCUCCUGCUCUCGCAAGUCCAGAUUUACUCUCUGAAGUCUCAGAGAUGAAGCAAGAUCUUAUUAAAAUGACUGCUAUUCUGAUCACUGAUUCUUCUGAGAAAGAAAGUCGUAUUCAAGGGGAUUAUUUAGAUAAGGGGGCGGAGGAGGUGUCAGCAGAACCUUUUGAAAUAAUGGAAAAGGUCAAAGAGGAUUUGGAGAAAGUUAGUGAAAUUCUGAGGAGUGGAAAAUGUGAGAAGGAAGAGUCCACCAUGACAAAGAGUUGGCCGUAUAGGAAAGAUGAGGGCUGGGUUCUCCUAACCGACACUGAAAUUGAAGAAGCCAAAAUGAUGGCUGACUUUGCAUCUCAAGAAUCACUUCUAAAGGAAGUUAGAGUCAAUCGAGGGUCACAGAAAUCAAAGGGUGCUAGGGACAUUUCUGGCAUGCAGACUGUUCCUGGUGUUGAAGUUAAGGAAUAUCUAUUGGAUGCGCCUGAAACAUCUAGGACUGUAUCCCAAGAAACUGUGUCACAGCAAGGGUUCACUGAGGUUGUUCUGCGCAGAGGUGGUCAAAAAACUUUUGCAACAGUAGCAAAAGACUCUAAACCUCAUACAACAGAAGUGAAAAAGCCUCUCAGAAAGAAAGGCCCUCAAGGACACACAGAUGAAAACCAGUCAAGUAGUACAAAAGAAGGCAUUGUCAGUAAGAGCACUGGGAAGUCUUCUGAAGGAGAUUCCCUACUGUCUACCCCUGAAGACCAAAAAAAAUCUCCUGUGUCACCAGUGGUUGAGGAGACACCAAUUGGUUCAAUUAAAGAGAAAGUUGAGGCUCUUCAAAAGAAAGUAGAAGAAGAGCAAAAAGGCCAUAAAAAGCAGAUAGGCCAGAAAACACCAUAUAAAGCAGCUGAAAGCAAAGCAUCCUCUGUUGUCAAAGAUCAUAAAAUAUCAGGCCAGAAAAAAACAUCUGCUUCACCCCAAAAACAGACACCUCCCAGAUCACCAAAACCUGAGCCUGAGAAACUAGAAGAAACUAUGUCUGUAAGAGAACUAAUGAGAGCAUUUCAAACUGGCCAAGACCCCUCAAAGAGAAAGUCUGGCCUCUUUGAAAACAAAGGACCUUCCAAAAUGAAAUGCUCAACCAGUAAACCAGAGGCCCUACUCACAAAGUCAGCAAGUCUUCACCAAGAACCCUCACAUGAAGUGUCUCAUAAUGUUGUGAAGCCUGAAGACCACCACAAAGAAAAGAAACUCAAAAUAAAUUCACAAUCAAAGCUCUCUAAAGACUUUAGAGAAGAUACAAAAGCAGAUCAAACAGCAAUUUCUCAAAAUGUGUCAAAACACAGCAGAUACCUUUUACCUGAUAAUGGUACAGAGGACAGCUCUGACAGCCUUAAACAUGAAGGCUUGGUCGACUCGCCCAAUGCCAAAGUGGAAGCCUCAGUGAGUUCUGAGGAAAGUUACAAAUAUGAGGGCAUGGUUGAGACUCCAGAGACAAGCCCUGAGAGCUUUUCAUUAUCACCCAAGAAACCAGCUCAGUCUGUGCUCGGAAAGACCUCAAAAUAUGUAGCAGUCACUCCUAAAGGCAAGACAUGUAAACCGUCUGUUUCCUUUUCUACUGGGGUGAAGACAACUGAUGAAGCUUCAAUUAGUUUCCCAGCAGUGGAUGAUCCUACAAAAAGUGAGUCCAUGUGCAUUCCUCAUGACAAAGUUGUUACAUUUGGGGAUGAAACAACAUCUAUUGCUAAAGACAUUGUUUCUGUAUCAUCCAAGCCCUCUAAAUCCCGAAAACUGACAAAAAGAGCAUCUGAAACAUUAGAGAGCUUUUUAAGUGAUGAUGAAACCUUUGAUUGUCAGCCACCACCAACCUCUACUGACUCCCUGGCCUCAAGGGCAGCUACAAAGGAUCAUAGUGGUUUAGUGCUGACCCUUAGACACCAAGAUUCAGAGACCCUUAGUCCAGUAGCUGAUGACUCUUUUACUAUUAGCCACAAGGACUCUUUAGAGGGUAGUCCUUUGAUGGAAGACAACUCUUCCCAUAAAACCCCAGACUCUAUUGAGCCUAGUCCAACAAAAGAAUCCCCUUGCCGUGACUCCUUAGAAAGCAGUCCCAUAGAGCAGAAAACCAUCCUGGCUUUUCUACCUACAGUAGAACAACACAAUGUGACCACAGCGCACCUGACAUCCUCCAAAGCCCCUGAAAUUCCCCCAGACAGUUUGCGUAGUAGAAUGCUCAGAGAACAGGAGGGUAAUGCUGAUGGAGACAGUUGCGAGCAGACGUCCCUGAUGACAAGUUCUGGUAAGAGUCCUCUCUCACCUGACACACCAAGUUCUGAAGAGGUAAGUUAUGUGGUCAAUCCCAAAACCCCAGAUCCCAUGGUCCCGAUUGUUCCCUUUAAGCCAAUAGUAAUUCCUGAGGAAGCAGUAGAAGAUGAAUUGAAGUGUGGCCUGACACAGAGGAAAAUAACUCCAGAGGAAGAGAUGUUUAAAAUGGCUGCCAAAAUAAAAACAUUUAAUGAAAUGGAACAAGAUGAAAAAGAAAAAAAGAACAUUAGAAAAGAUAAUGAGUUCUCUCAGACCUUGGUAGAGUCUGAUGCAGGAGAUAACAGCAACAAACUGUUUGGGCUUUCAUCCAAACAUGAAAUGUCCUCUGUGGAUAAUGUUGGCUUUAUUGAGCCCAAACAAGCGUCAGAGGUAGCACGAUCUGUUGAACCCAUCAUUAAAGUACAACCUCACUCUCCUUUUCCAGCAGGUAAACAUAAGAGCCCCCAAACAGCUGAAGACAUUCACCAAACCAUGACCCACAGUGCAGCAUCUUUGGCUGAAUCAACAAUGGGGACACCUCUGUCUGUCUCAGACAAGCAUACCUUAAAACCUCAAGCCCCUCAUGAAUCUCACAGUGAGAAAUUUAAGGACAAAGAAUGUAUUAAUUCAGAGUUAGUGCAGUUGAACAAAAAUGCCUCUAUUGGCAACAAAGCGGCUGCAAAUAAAACUGAUGAACAAAAAGAGGAAAACUUAAAAAAAUUCAAGGGAAGUCAAGAGAUUUACAGCCAUGAACAGCAAAAUGAAGCAGAUAAUCGCCAAAAAGUUGACAAAUCGCAUAGUCAGGAAGAACGUAAUGUAACAGAUGAGGUUAAAGGUGAUUACAUGAGGCAUAAAGGGACAUCUUUUGUAGAUAUUUGUAGUGGCAGCCAUGACAUUGGUUCUAUGCCAGUUGUAAUUGGGCAAACAAAAGAAACAUUUAAACCAGAAAAAGGUAUUUAUGAUGACACAGAGGAAGAUGAUGCUGAGGAGGAACCUCCUAAGACUGAAUCUAGAGGAGUUACAGCAAAAGCAGACACAGAUGCCUGGAGUUCAAUGCGUGAGAAUGAUGAAGCAUUUGCAGCAAGAGUCAAAGAGGAAGAACAAAAGAUCUUGGGCCUGGUGGAUGAUCGGCACUCCCAAGGGGCGUCUCCAGACACAACCCCAGGAAGAACACCUACUGAAGAGGGUACACCGACAAGUGAACAAAACCCUUUCCUCUUCCAAGAGGGAAAGCUUUUUGAGAUGACGAGAAGUGGUGCGAUAGACAUGACAAAAAGGAGCUAUGAGGAAGAAGAGUUUGCAUUUUUCCAAAUUGGAGAUCAACCCUUUGAAGAGGGCAUAGCAGAAGUAGGAGGGGAUGAACCUGGUAGAGCGCCCAGAGAUGCAGUGAAUAAGACUGGCUGCAAUCUCUCCUUGCAGAUUAAGGCAGAGGAGGAUGAUAAUCUCUCUAUAGAGGCUACAGAUUUAUCUGUCCAUCCCUCAGCUGAAUGUAAUUUGCCUGCAGAUACAAAGUCAGAUGCCUCAAAGACCAGAACCCCUAUUAAAUUGGAUGUUUCUGGCUUAACCAAAUCCUCAGAGAAAGACCAAACAAUUACAGGAACAGUAGACGUUAAAUCAGACAAAGAAGUGAAAGAGAGACAUUUAUUGUCUUAUCCUGGUUCUUCUGACACUGUCAUAACUAAUAUCCAGACCGCAGUGUCAAUAGUUACUAGAUCAGUUUGUUCCCGACAGGACCAAGAGUCCUCAGAUUCCUCCCCAGAGGAUCAGCAUUUAGUUAUAGAACUACCUAAAACCCCUGAAAAGACCUCCCCUACCUCAGAAUCCCAAAGUAAACUUGCCUCCAAAAGUCACAUUGCAGCCUCUCCAUCAUCUGCAACUAGAAAAUACAUAUCCACCUCCAAAGAGGAGGAGAAACCAAAAUCUAGAAUUCCCAUUAAGGCCAGCUCCCUCCGGUCCGAAUGUGGUUCUGAGGCAUCUGUGAAGCAUGUAGAACCUGCUAAGGAUAAGAAGUCAAAGUUGCAAAUAAAACCUGAAUCAAGGAGAAAGUCUGAGACAGACACAGGUCCAUCCAUAAGCUCCAGCAUAACAAAGUCUUCCAAAGCCAAGAGCUUCUGUGAAAGUGGUUCUACCAAGACAACAACCAAAAAGAACCAGGGUUGUCCAAAAAGCACUGACUUGUCCAGCAAAGUUAAAACUCUACAAUCAAGACUACCAGUCAGGGGAAAGCCUGGCCAGCCAAUCCAAACCUCCACACCACCAAAAUCAAAAAAGGUCCAGCCCACUGACACAAACAAACAGUCUGUUGCAUUUUUUGAAGAGAUUAGUCAUGAGGCAGCUAAGGUAGUGGAGAGUUUGGCUCAGGCAGAGAAAGAAAAAGAGGGGGCUGGUGCCUUAUCUAAUGAUGAAAGCAGCACCACUGAUGCCUUAGUAAUAGAGGGUGAACCUUUCCCUGACAUGCAAAUACCUUUCCCUGAGGAUCCUUUGGUCAUUAAGCCUAGAUGGGACGACCCUGAUGAGACGCAGAUGGAACGAAUCCCAGCUGAUAAAGUCCGAAGUCAAGUAGAUCCACAGGAUGAGGCUGACAGGAAAGAGGGUCGACUAGCUGUAAUUGCUGAUCACCUUGGUUUCAGCUGGUCAGAAUUGGCUCGAGAGCUUGAAUUCAGUGAGGAGCAGAUCGGCCAGAUAAGAAAUGAGAAUCCCAAUUCACUACAAGACCAAAGCCAUGCACUCAUAAAGCUGUGGAAAGAAAGAGAGGGUAAAAUUGCUACAGAGAACACUUUGAUGAGGACACUUACAAAAAUAAAUCGUAUGGACAUUGUGCAUCUCAUUGAAACAAAGAUCAUCCAGUCCAGUCAGGACCAGUCAUCACACACCUAUGCAGAAAUUGAGCAAACCAUAUCACUGGAUCAUAGUGAAGGUUUUUCAGCUUUACAGGAGGACAUGGACAGCCCCAGGUUGGGUCGGCGAACAGAGAGUGCUCAAAGAGGGUCAGAACUUCCGGUGGCAUCUGUUGAGGAUCUGUCCUGCAAUGAAUCUACCCUUAAUGGUAACCAGAAAAAGAGGUUGCAGUCAGACAACGAGAAGGGUUCAAAAGUGGUUGGAAGCUCAACACAUAGUGGUUUUGAGAUGGUUGGACUGAGGCAUCAGUUCCCAGGCACUAUCAAACAAGCAGAUGAGAUGCCUGAAAUCCCUCCUCAGACAGUCACAGAACAGCAAUACACUGACCAGCAUGGAAACAUGGUUGUCAAAAAGAUAACAAGGAAAGUGAUCCAUAAGUAUGUUUCAGCAGAUGGAGUGGAGAAAGAGGAAGUGAUGGUGGAGGGACCUCAGCAGGAAGCUGUCAGUGUGGAUGAUGCUGACAGUUUUUCUAAAGUGGUCAAGAGGACCGUGGUGCGGAGCGGGGCAGAUCAGACCGAGGUGACCUUCUCUGAACCUUUUGCAUAUGGCGGAGCAACAGCCUCUGAGUUCGAGCAAGAGCCCGUCCAAGGUCGGAAAGUCAGCAAGGUCGUCAAAACCAUGGUAGUGCAAGGUGAACGGAUGGAAAAACAAAUCGGAGACCCUUCGCUCUCUGUGGAUCUCCCCUCAGCCAAAGAUGACUUUGAAAAGGCUUUGAGCUAUGUAGGAGGCUUUGGGAAAGUGCACCUGCCUCAUUUAGUAGAGAGAGAGGUGGUGAAAGAUGAUGGAUCUGUGGUCAGAAGGACCCGCAUGCAUAAGAUGCGCACACAGAAACAAACUGUAGUGAGAGAUGGCCAGGCCAAACAAACCCACCUGGAGCGAUUGGAGGACACGCCUGAUACCCUGCGACCCGACAACCUGCAGCAGCAUCUGCAUCAACUGCUUCAACGCUACUGCACCCCGGAGGUGACCGAAGAACCAGACACAGGACAAGAUUCAGAUGUAGGGGAGCGGGAAAAACAAGAAUGAGCCACAGAUUUUUGGUUGUGGUGAGCGUUUAAUGAAGACCAUGCUAAUUUUUGGUCUGUAGCCCUUUCUGUCCACCUCAACAACACAAAACAGUUCUUUGCUUCAAGACCCUUUUGGUUGAUCUUUUUUUUAAUCUUUUGUUAUUUAUUGCUUGGACAUUUUUAACUGCUUUUCGCUUGAAUGUCUUUCAUUUUCAUUGAGUUCUCAAUUUAUUUGAUCAUUUUGUGACCAAAGAUAGCUUUAUCUUCUGAAUUGCAGAGUGAAUUGUAUGAAACAUGGAUGUUUCUUAUUUAUUGUGUCAUUUUUGGUUGCUGUGGUAGAAAGCUGAACUUAACAUCCCUGAUGAGAAGACCAGCUUAGAUCAGCACGAAUUCUGUGGCGGGUUUAUGCUGGUCAUGCAUAGCCUUGCCUUUCACCAGCACAAAUGCUGGUCAACUAGCAUGGGAUUGCUGGUUAAACUAGUUAAAAAGCCUCCAAAACAAAACUUGUGCUGGGGACCUUUAAUGCUGGUCUUUUCCACAGGGAUAAUCAUGAAAAAUGAGUAUGGGUCAAUUUUUUUGCUGACCUCGUAGUCAAGCCACUAAAGGUGUGAAGACUUUUGUAAAUAAUGGACAACAUAUGUGUGGACUUUGACAAAAAAUGUUAACAAAAAACAUAAGUAUACUCUACUGUCUCCUGUAAUUGCUGUACAACUCCACAAAUAGACUGCUGUAAUUAUAAACAUGCCCGAUUACUUGGCCAAAACCUCAGGCCUAGAUCAAAUAUCAUAAAAUAUCAGUACUUUUGGUCUUGUGAGUUUCUAACCGCAGUUAUUAACAUGCAUUAACCAGAUAUCUGAAAUAACUGUCUAUUUGAAUAAGAUUAUUUUAUUUUAUUUUUAUUGUAGUCCUUCAUAAUCCCCAAAUGCAUCCAAAUGGUUUUUACUCAGAUUAAGUGAGAUUUGAACAUCAGUCCACUACAAUGGUGGAAGAAAUUGUUUGAGUUUCAUAUUUUCACCAAUAAUCAGGCACUUAGAUUCUUAGUGAAAGAAAGCUUGGAAUGUCUACACAUCCAUUAUCAUUCUGUUUGUCAUUUUGUUUGACAUCUUUGUUUUAGUGUAACGGCCCUAUCGUAUUUACACAUAUUUACUUCUUUAAAGAAGAAUGUGCAGAUUUAGACUUUUAAUUUGGUCUGUUUUUAAAAGGAAUAGUCAAGUUCACCCAAAAAUGAAAACUGCAGGUAUUAUACCUAAGUAUACAGGAAGCAGUGGAGGAAGGUAUAGCCUAAUUUGAAUGUGAAUCAUUUGAAUUGCUCCAAUUUAUUUUAAUCAAUUUAGCAUUUUUAAAUGUUUUGAGAAUAUAAUGCAAAAUGCUCAAUUACAGCACUUUGUCUAAAAAUAUAAUUACUGAAAACAGUCAUUGUUUUCUACAUUUAGAAACAUUGGAUAUAUUUGUUUCUUCAUGCUUGUUAUAAAUUGUUAUAAUUACAAUACAAGCACAAUUUAAACGACACCGCUUUUUACCCUAUGCACAUCAGGCUUUUAGCAGUUGAUAGUACAAAUAAUACUAGCAAUAAAGAAUUUGAACAGGCUAAUAAUGUGAUGCAUGUCAAGGGUGUGCAAGUGUAUAUGUCUGUGAUAUUGUGCCCAGUUAUCAUAUUGCAUUGACAAAUAAUCUGCUUUAUUUGUAACAGACAAUAGCAUGCACACUUGAAAGAGUUUGAUUCAGAAUUCACAACUGGUUUGGGCUAACCCUGGAUUAUUCAGUGCUAUUCAGACUAUAUGUUAUUUACUUUGUAAUACAAAGUGAGAAAAAAAAGAGCAAAAAAAAAAAAAAAUUUCCAAAAUUUUGUUAAGCAUAUUCUGUGGUGAUGGCAGCAUAUAGCAUGUACUGGCAAAAAGAAUCAAUGAAAACAGCAGCUGCAGUGGGUACUUAUAAUAAACUGUACAUGUAUUUAACAUA